GUGAACUUCUCGGUGGCAUUUCAUGGGGAAGCACGCGCCCUGUGAGUGACAAGAGUUGGGCGCUGCAGCACAGCAACCACAGACACAGCAGCUCGUCGCAUGUUGUUGCCGGAUAACGUUUUGCAAGACAGGAAACGAGAGAAGCAGAGAGAUAGAAGCAGAGAAGGCAGUCUGUCAUCCUCACGUUAGUCUCUAACAUAGCAGUAAAUCAGAGGAGGACUCUUAUGAAGGUAUCUGAAUUUAGUUUGAUGCAUUGUUGAGAGGAGAGACUAAACUUGAAACUCACAAAAACUCUAAAAUGGGCACAGAGGAGAAAGAUUUAGAGUCUGCAGCUGAGCAACCAGCGAAGGAGCAAGGAUCACCAGAGAAGGAAAAGGAGCCUCCAUUGGAGCCUCCUCAAGGUCAAACCCCAGACACCAGCGACCCCCUCAACACGUACAAGUGGCACACCGACUCCAGGGGAGCGCUAAAUGAGGUGAAGGAAGAUGGAGAAGGAGGAGCAGCUUCUUCCACUUCCACCAUCGACAGGAUUCAGAAGGCCUCCACCAACAAGUGGAGCAAGAUGCAAAACUGGCGCAAGGCCCUGAGCGAGGACCCCGGAGACAAGCACUCAUCCGCUGGGAAAGGUGGAGAGGGCACCAAGACGGACAAAGGCGCCAGAAAGAACCCCUUUAGGAGGGCGCUGUCUGAGCCUCCCGGGUCCCUUUUUGCGUCGCUUACCCCGUCCUCCAGCUCUACUAACGCAGCGUCAUUGUCAGCUGCUGCAGAGGCCUCAGGGGCCUCCUCAACGGACCCCUCACAGAAAGGAGGUGGAGGAAAACUCCUGAAGAAGUACCUGAGGACUGUGAGCCAGAAGCUGAAAAGGCCCAGACUGCAGAGCCGGAACAGCACCCCAACGUUACUGCCAGAUGUGGUUGAGGCAGAACCGGCACUCCCCAGACUACAAUGGGCCCCGCCUCAAGAGGUGCCGUUAUGGGAUAUUACCAACUGUAUGCUUGAAGAUGGACAAAUUCUCAUUUCUCCAGAGGAAGAGCCAACGAUGUGGACCCGAAACCGUGUCAGCAGCUGUGUGUCCAACCUCAGCAUGCAGAACCUUGUAGAUAUCGACGCAGAAUGUAGCCCUGACCAUGUGGGGUCGCCUGGCGGCCCUCGACCAAAGAACCAAGAUGGCGGUGUGAGGGCACUCAUCAAGCGACGUCUCGAGAACAGAGCCAAGAGGAAUAGCAACACCCAAGCAAACCCUAUAGGACUAAGCAAAGGAAGCAGGCACUACGGUUCCCGAGAGUCUGUGUCAAUUCCAGUCAGUGCAGUGGGGAGUCUGGAUCUCAGUGCAGACACCAGCACUGUUGUCAGGCCAGUCCACAGCUCCAUUUUGGGGGAGAAGUAUUGCUUUGAGGUGAUAAACUCUGAGAACACCCACUGCUUCGGCUGCUCCUCAGCUGCUGAACGUGAUCGCUGGAUUGAAGACCUGAGACGGGCUGCCCAACCCAAUAAGGAUAACAUUGAGCGCACAGAGAACUCCCUGAGUCUGUGGAUAAAUGAAGCUAAGGACCUGCCACCCAAACGAAGUUAUUACUGCGAGGUACACCUGGAUGGUACCCUUUUCGCGCGCACCAGCAGCAGAGCUGUUGGCAAGCCGUCUAACCGCUCCAGCCUGGCAGGGGACAUCUCUACUGGAUCCUCAGGAAGCCUAGGGACAAGUGGAGGUGCAGCUGGAGGGUGUCAGUUAUUCUGGGGUGAAUUCUUUGAGCUAGACAACCUGCCAUGUGUCUCCCAAAUCACCCUGCACCUUUUCCGCGAAGAAGACCCCAAGAAAAAGCGCCACUCCCGAGAAGAGUCCUGCCUGCACCCACUGGGCAGUGUGGCCAUUUCUUUAGCCGAGAUUCGAGGGAGGGCCUAUCAGGAGAAGUGGUAUCCCAUAACUCCAUACAAGGCGUCCGGAACAGCGGGGAACAAGGAACUGUUGGGGCCACAGGCAUCACUCCGCAUCAAGGCCCGUUUUCAGAAUCUGCAAGUUCUGCCUAUGGAGAAAUACAAAGAGUUCGCUGAAUAUGUGACAUUGGAUUAUGUGGAAAUGUGCAGAAGCCUGGAGCCACUUCUGAAUGUGAAGGAGAAGGAAGAGCUGGCAGGAGCUUUGGUCCAUGUACUGCAAAGUAUUGGCAAAGCCAAGGAGUUCCUCAUUGACCUUGGCAGUGCAGAGGUGGAGCGUCUUGGAGAGAGGGAGGCACUGAUCUUCAGAGAAAACACAUUGGCCACUAAAGCCAUAGAUGAAUAUAUGAAGCUGGUUGGCCAGAAGUACCUCAUAGUCACACUAGGGGACUUUAUCACCCAUCUUUAUGCAUCAGUGGAGAACUGUGAAGUUGAUCCUCUUAAAUGCCCUGCCUCUGAACUAUCCAACAACCAGAAGCACUUGAUGGAAGUGUGUGAGGAGGUGGUGCAGAAGAUUAUUGAGACCCAUGGACCCUUUCCUGAAGAGUUAAACAACAUCUUCUCCAGCUGGGUGGAGCUGUGUGAAGACCAGGGCAGGCCAGAGAUUGGCCAGCGUCUCAUCUCUGCUUCCCUCUUCCUCCGGUUCUUAUGUCCGGCUAUCCUUAGUCCUUCUCUGUUUGGUCUGACGCAGCCUUAUCCAGAGCCAAACACUCUGCGUACCCUCACUUUAACUGCCAAAGUCAUCCAGAAUCUGGCCAACUUCACCCUGUUUGGAGAGAAGGAGGAGUACAUGCUCUUUAUGAACGAAUUCCUGCAGCAGCACUGGGAUGGAAUGAGGGGUUUUCUACAUACAGUGUCGAAUCGAGACACAGAAAUCCCAAUGUCUUCCUUCGAUGGAUAUGUGGAUCUGCCUCUGCGCUUGGCUGUGCUCCAUGGCCUUUUGGUAGACAUCAUCUAUCAGAGGGACCAGGACACAGUUGACAAGCUGCACCCUCUGCCUUCAAUUCUGAACCAAAUAACAGAGUCACUGGGCCCUGAAGCACAUCGGAUCAUAAUUAGCAGUCAAAUGGGACAAGUCAAGCCAGUGUACGUUCCUCCCAAAGACUUGAGCAAGUACAGCCCCCAUCAGUCAUCCCUUCAGCAGCUUCCUGUGGACUCCAAAGGCUUACAAGAUGGGGAUGGCAGGACUAGGAGUAUGAGAGGGAGGAAGCCAGUCACCAGAACUCAGAGUGCUCCACACAGACGUCCUGGUCAGGCAAAACAUACCUUGAAGAGGCAGACUAGUUCUGAAACUCUGCCGACAGCUGACAACGAGCAAGAGAUGGAGACCAUCCAACCACUUAUCUCAUCACCAAAUACUAGUGCCACUGUCAAACGUCCACCUGCACCGGUUCCAUGGAUCAAAGUCAUCCACAACAGGGACUCAAAUGAGAUGAAAACUGAGAAUGAGCAGUUCAGUUUACUGGAUAGGCAUGCUCAAGAGCUAUCAGAGCUUCGUCUGGGAAUAGAGCAGGUGACAGAGCGAGAGCUGGACAUGGCAAAGCGCCUGGAGGACUUUAUUAUUCAAAGCCAGGACCAGAAUGCAAUGCUGCAGGCUGAGGUGACCGAGCUCCGGAAUCAGCUGGCUGUGCAAGAAGAGCAGCUCGCCAGUGCCACCUUCAGACUGGGUGUGAUUGAGGAGGAGAGGGAGGAAGAUGAAAGGAAGCUGAGUGUUGCCGUUGCAGCAGCCGAGCGAAUGAACGUACUGGAGGAGCAGUUUGCAAACCUGCUGAAGGACCUUCACCAGCUCAGUGAGGCCUACAACAGUGGCCAAAACAACACCCAGCAUCCUGAAAAGCCCCACAUCAACAGCAACUGAACUCUGAUGGUACAAAGAUUUACAGCUGCAGGAUCACAAUGUGUGUAAUUACAGUUAUGUCAAAGACUGUGAAUGAAGUCAUUGAUGGUGUUUUGAUCAGGUGUAAGUUGAUUUUAUGAACAUAUUUAGAAUGGAUGUGAGUAUGCAAACCCUGACUGAGUUGAACAUGAAACCAAUAGGAUUUGUCUGCAUUUCUGCUUUUACUGUAUCUCUGCUACAGAUGUUUUUGACUUGUAAAGCUUUAUGAUAAAUAAAAGAACUUUAACCGCAA